AGGGGAGGAGGAGGAGAGCUCCGUCUCUCCCGGUGCACUUGGCAGUCUGCUUGCGGGCUGCUGUGCUGUUGCUGUCGUGGCGUGGCUGGUCGCGCCGGGCGGGGAGCGUCACCACACUGGAGCCCGGAGUCCCGCUCUCUCACCUGCGCAGUUCGGAGCUGCCAUGGCUCUCUCGCCUGGAUUUACUGUCCUGAUCAUCCUGCCGGCCUUUCUGCUGCACACCAGCGGCCUUUACAUCGCCAGUAGCGUCGACUCCCUGCAGCAUGUCCUGGGGGAGUAUGGACUGGUGAGGCCGAUCAGUGUGGACGCGGAGGGCCGCUUCCUGUCGCACGCCGUCUCGGCUGGCCGCGUGGCAGGAGGGCAGUCCCGUAGGCGCCGGAGGAGGGAGGUAGGAGUAGGCGAUGAUGAUGAGUGGGAAGGACCAAAAGAAGAGCCCAUGGCCCUCCGCCAAAGCCUCUACUACAAUGUCACCAUCUUCGGCCGGGAAUUCCACCUGCGUCUGCACCACAAUGCCAGGCUGGUGGCCCCCGGAGCCAAGAUGGAGUGGCACGAUGACAGCGACAGCACUCUGCAUUCUGAGCCAUUGCACGAUGAAUGCUUGUACGUGGGGGACGUCAAAGACGAGCCAGGAGCCUCUGUGGCUAUUAGCAACUGUGACGGCCUGGCUGGUGUGAUCCGGAUGGAGCAAGAGGAGUUUUUCAUUGAGCCAGUGGAGGGGGGCGACGGAUUGGGAGAGGCGGAGGAGGAGGAGCAGGGAGGAGGAGGAGGAGGAGGAGGAGGAGGGAGGACACACGUCGUCUAUCGCUCCUCAGCCAUUAAGAAAGGCCCGAUCAGCAGCCCGGCGGCAGACUACCACUCCAGAGGCGCUGACCUCGGUGGUCUGAUGGAUCUGGAGUCUCUGUACCGUGGCGUGGAGCAGAGUAUCAACCACACGCGAGCGGGGCGCAUGCGCAGACAGAGCCUGGACCGCGCCUACAACAUCGAGGUGCUGCUUGGCGUCGACGACUCGGUGGUCCAGUUUCACGGGAAGGAGCACGUCCAAAAGUACCUGCUCACACUCAUGAACAUAGUUAAUGAGAUCUACCACGACCAGUCUUUGGGAGCAAAGAUCAAUGUGGUGCUGGUGAGGAUUAUCAUGCUGGGCUACGGCAAGUCCAUGAGUCUGAUUGAACUGGGGAACCCAUCUCACAGUCUGGAGAAUGUGUGUCGCUGGGCCUUCCUGCAGCAGAAGAAGGACACGGGGGACGCUGAGCACCAUGAUCACGCCAUCUUCCUCACACGCCAGGAGUUUGGCCCCACGGGCAUGCAGGGUUACGCCCCAGUUACUGGCAUGUGCCAUCCGAUAAGGAGCUGCACUUUGAACCAUGAAGACGGCUUCUCCUCUGCCUUCGUGGUGGCACACGAGACCGGACAUGUGCUGGGGAUGGAGCACGAUGGCCAGGGGAACCGCUGUGGAGACGAGGUGCACAUGGGCAGCAUCAUGGCUCCACUGGUGCAAGCUGCCUUCCACCGUUUUCAUUGGUCCAGAUGUAGCAUGCAAGAGCUGGGACGCUACCUUCAAUCUUAUGACUGUCUCCGUGACGACCCCUUUGACCACAACUGGCCGUCUCUGCCUCAGCUUCCUGGUUUGCACUACUCCAUGAAUGAGCAGUGUCGCUUUGACUUUGGUGUUGGCUACACGAUGUGCACCGCGCUACAAAAGGCGGGCCAGUCAGGAACGCAGUAUCGCACGUUUGACCCAUGUAAGCAGCUGUGGUGCAGCCACCCAGACAAUCCGUUCUUCUGCAAGACCAAGAAAGGGCCUCCUAUUGAUGGCACCAUGUGUGGGAAUGGAAAGCACUGCUUUAAAGGUCACUGCAUCUGGUUGACACCUGACAUCAUAAAGCAAGAUGGAAACUGGGGGACGUGGAGCGAGUUCGGCCAGUGCUCCCGCACCUGCGGUGGAGGAGUGCACUUUCGCACGCGUGACUGUAACAAUCCGAGGCCAGCAAACGGGGGCCGUAGCUGCAUGGGGGCGACGGACCAGUUCCAGAUGUGCAACGUCAACGAGUGCGAGGAUAUCUACAGUGACCCGCGGGAGGAGCAAUGCCACGCUUGGGACCCCCACUUUGAAAUCCACAGCAACAUGCACCGCUGGUUGCCUUAUGAACACACAGACCCUACCAAACGCUGCAACCUGCAUUGCCAGUCCAAGGAGACACGAGAGGUGGUUGUCACGAAGAGAAGGGUCCUGGACGGCACGCGCUGCUCCUACAAGGACCCGCACAGUGUGUGCGUGCGUGGGGAGUGUGAGAAAGUAGGCUGUGACGGCGCGGUCGGCUCCUCAAAGCAGGAGGACAAAUGUGGAGUGUGUGGAGGAGACAACUCCAGCUGCAAGACCUUCAAAGACACCAUCACGCGCACUGCCAAGAAACAAGGUUUCCUCAAAGUUCUUGAAAUCCCCAGAGGAGCGAGACACUUACUGAUCCAAGAGCUGAAAGCAACCUCACACACUUUAGCUGUAAAGAACGUCGCCUCUGGACUUUUCUUCUUGAAUGGGGAAAACGAUUACCCAGAAUCCCACUCGGUGAUAGAAAAGGGCGUGGAGUGGGAAUAUGAGAAUGACAACGACAAGGAUUCGCUUCAGACCACUGGUCCUAUCAGACAUGGAAUUCUGAUCAUGAUGAAAUUGCGUGGCGAUGAGGAUGUGAAUUUGUCUUAUAAGUACAUGAUGAACAUGGACAGUGACUCUGCUAUUCAGAACAACAUGCUGGUGGAAGACAGCGCCUAUGAGUGGGCUCCAAAGAGAUGGUCCUACUGCUCCAAGCCCUGCGGUGGAGGGAAGCAGUACCUGCGAUACGGAUGCAGAAGGAAAGUUGACAGUAAGAUGGUCCACAAGAGCUUCUGUAACAAAUCCAACAUGAAACCCAGAGGAGACACCAGAGACUGCAACCAGAAGCCCUGUCCCCCACCCAUUUGGGUGACACGGGAGUGGCAGAACUGCAGCAAACCAUGUGGAAAGACAGGGAUGCAAAUCCGCUCGGUCAGCUGUGUCCAGCCAUCAGAUGACAACACCACACGCCCCAUCCACAACAAACACUGCAACGACGACAGGCCCGAGUCUCGCAGACCCUGCAACCGACACUCCUGCCCGACCCAGUGGAGAGUCGGCCCGUGGUCGCAGUGCUCAGUGUCAUGUGGCAACGGGACCCAGCAGAGGCAGGCUCUGUGCCACACCCGGGACAACACCAUCGGCCUGUGUCUGGACAGUAAGCCCGACACCAUCAGAGUCUGUCGCCUGGAUCCAUGUCCCAAGGGCUCGUCUGACCUCAACAAAAACGGCAACAUCCUGAUCCAGUGGCUGUCCCGACCAAACCCCAACUUGGUCGGGAAGAUCUCCUCACGCCGUCGUUGUCAUGGAGACCGCUCUGUGUUAUGUCGUAUGGAGGUGCUGAAGCGCUACUGCUCUCUACCGGAGUAUCAGCGCAUGUGCUGCAAGUCCUGCAGCAACGUCACCAUCACAAGGCCUCCACCCAACUCCACAUCAACGUCCAUCCUGCCAAGUGCUUCUCCAUCCACCCUCAGCUCAGGUGCCACCAUCCAACCCACCGGAGCUUUCAUCUCCACCAGUUCAGCUUUCAACACCAAUUCGUGGACCACAGUUCAUCGUCCCCCUACUUCUACCACAGCUGUUCCUCAUUGCGCUCUUUCUACACAAAUGAUCACCACUCCUCCUCCCCCAACCACCAGUGCUCCAGUCCUCCCCACUAUGUUUUCUAAGGCAACAACCUCAGUGAUCCCAUCUUCUCCCAGUGUUACUAGUCAUUCCCCAGCUUUGCCUGUCCCAGAACUAGAAGUGAACACAGAUCCACAGUUUCAGAGCACUACAAAUGGUCCAGCAACAUCUGUUACACCUGCUAUACACCCUCCAGCAACAACCGGUCCAACUAUGACAGAUGCAACGGAAACAGACCCACAAAUAAAAUCCAAGCCCAAAAAGAUAAUGCCGAAGAACAAGCCCAAAAAGGUGGUUCCACCAAAGUUCAAUCCAAAAGUGAGUACUCAACUCAAAAAUACUACUAGAAAAGAUGUGUCACCAAAGAUCAAUCCCAAAAAGAAUAAAAGUGAUAUUUCAAAAAAGAAUAUCCCAUGGAUCAGCCAACCCCCCAAAAGUAAACCAGGAACAACAAUUCCCAAAAAAACUACUACGGCAAACACUGCUCCCAAAAAAUGUACUCCCAAACAGCCUACUUCCAAAAAGACAACAUCCAAACAGCCUGUUCAAAAAAAGAAUACUCCACCAAACCCUACGCCCAAAAAGACUUCUCCUCCAAACAAGAGUACUAAUACACCAAACAAUACUUUGACAAAUACUACUCAAUCAAACAGUACUCCCUCAAAGAAUACUCCCAAAAAGACUCCCUCUGUGAAGACCAACCUCAAAAAGACUCCUGCAGGGAAGAAGACUCCUGGGAAAAUACACAAACCCAAACUUAAAAAGACUCCACCAAAAGCCAAAUCCCCCCAAAACAUUCAGCCAAAGACAAAAGUUACAAAAAAAAAAGAAACCAAGACAAAUCCUAUAAAGACCCCAAAAGUAGGUCACAAAAAUGCCACACAUACUCAGGCCAAGGUUUAUCAGAAUAAGACUAAGAGCAAUCCAAAAAAGGCCAUACUAAAAACAAUGCCUGCGUAUUACACCACAGCCCCUACAGCGAGUCCACAACAUCUGACCGAAUACGUUUCCUCCACUGUCUCAUCCAGCACCAGUGUCUAUGGAACACCUGCAGGCAUCCCUGUGCCUGAGUCAACAAUCAAUGUUACUUAUGUCAAUAACAAAAGAGCAUUUGUAGAUGAAACUCCACUGUGGCAUCCUGACACGUCAACGACAUCACCCAGCUCCUUCGAUGACUUGGUAACUCAGACUGGAACCCCUCGUUUUGAAGAAGUCAACAUUCCUAGUGGAACCCUGCCAUAUAGUGAUAUCCCAUUAACCAGCAGCGGUGACGUAACAUCAACUAGCGGAAUCAUUCUCAGUGAUUAUGACAUCACAGUGUCCUACAGCAACAUUGGAGGGGUCAGUGACACCGUGGUGCUGGACGACGGGUUCACCAUGUUGAUCCCAACUAUCAAUAGUGAAGAUAUGACGGACCUGGUUUCCUCGCCAUGGAUGGAUCUGUCUGACUAUAUUCCUGUGACCAUCCCUGUCCCCACAACGCCCUCGGACCCAGCGUCCCCUGCGACCACAACUGCCCGGACACCAGACAAAUCGGCCAUCACAAGCCCACGGCGAAAACCAGAGGAGAACGGCGAUAGCAACUCCAUCGACGUCAUUUACCACAGGAUCGUUGGCGUAGACAACGACGUCUCCCAGAACAAUCUGAUCCCAAAGCGUCGGAUCAACCUCCGAGAGAGAACCAAGAACAAACGCAUUCAGGAGCUUCUGGAAGAGAAGAGGAAUUUUCUCCUGCGGAUGAAGAGAGGCCAUGCAGCAUGAUAGACCGCGCCUUCUCAUUUCUCUUAUAGAGAUGAAUAUUUCCUUUACAGACUUUUUCAAACCCUCUGAACCGAUGAUGCUUUUACGACUAACGUGACAAUCAGGACUAUUGUACAUCAAGCAUAUCAGGAAUCAGGAAACAUUUAUUGCCAAAAUAUGUUAUACAUACAAGGAAUUUGACUUGGCGGUUGGUGAUAUUGUGGCCAAACGGUUGCUUUGAGUAAAUAAAAGCGCAGAUUGAAGUAGAUUUGAAGCAAUUUGCUGAGACUGUAUCAUCACAACAAAAAUAAACAUUCAGUACACAAACACGCACAUCUAGUCUGCCAGUUUUGCCAGCACUACACAAAUCGAAGCUUUCAUCCCUCCAAACCACCCCACAGUCACAGAUUCCUCCCUGAUGUGAAGAUUUUCCUCACAAAUAGCUUCAGCUCAUUCCCUAUUGAUAUGUCUUGAUUUGUAUUUUGGUGUAAUUGAACUGUGCAAAGUUGACACUGCUUGGAUUGUGUUACCUUUUCCAAAGCAAAAGCCAGUCUGACUAUGAGGGGUCUCUCAUCUCUCAGGAAGUAAAGAUGCAGCAUGUUGAGAGACAUAACAAAACAUUUGAUAAUAUAUUUUGAUAUCUCAUGCAAGGUGGAAAAACAAGUUAAAAAAGAGCUACAUUAAUUGCAUUUUUUCUUUUUCCUUUGUUUACAGUCAGUAUAGUAUGGUGCUUUGUUUGUCAGUGUUGCUAAAAGUCAUGUUCCUUGUGCAUUUAUUCAUGUAAAACAAAUUAUAAUAAAAUAAACAAGCCUGUUUGUAUUAAGUGUAUCCAAAUAGAAACUUUGGGGCCAAUUCCUUUUUUUUUAAGUCGUAUUAUUGGUACAUCUCAACCUUGCAGCAGCUGCAAAAGCAUCCAUGGAUCUUUCUGUACGAUAUCUGUACAUAUGAAAAAGAAUUAAAUGUUUAAUAUUUAUUAAAGUUUAAGUGCCUAUGGUAUUUUGCAAA